AUGCAUGAUGACGAACAGAGUAGCAACUACUGUGGCUCGCAUCUGAACGGGCUUCUGGAUCUUGUCCGUAUUCAGAGACUUGACUUUCUACCUUUGACAGGCCACGGAAUGCAAUUUCGGUCCCUUUGCAACAUGUCGGAAGUCACACCUGUGAUGGUCAUGACAGGACCUACGCCGCCUGCUGCUGAGCCCUGCUACAUGAAAACGGCUGGCCAAAUGGCACUCGGCAAUAAAGCGUACCCCAGGGCCACGGUCAACAAGAUUGUCAAGGCGCAUUCGAAUCUCAGCGUCAAGAAGAACGCCAGCGUCACGGUCCUGCUCAAUUAUGUCCUGUUCAUGGAAACCCUCGUGAAAGAGGCUGCCAUAGACUCGAAGAAAUCCGGCGAGAAGGUUCUUGCGGCGAGGAGUGUCAAAAGGGUCACCCGAGACGCGCUGGCCAGGUUCAAGGGCUGA